AUGGCGGCGGUGCCGCCCCAGCGUCCGCCGCAGACGGCGGCCCUUCUGGCCCUCCCCUCCAGCUCCGGCGGCGGAGGCGGCGGCCAGACAGAGGAAAUGGAGGACUACUACUACUCUAACGACAACAACAAUUGUAAUAACAACCCGUUGAUUAGCAGCUCCGGCAAGAAAAGAUUCAGAACAAAAUUCACCCAAGAACAAAAGGACAAAAUGUUGAGUUUUGCAGAGCAUUUGGGGUGGAGAAUUCAGAAGCAAGACGAAGAGAUUGUGCAGCAGUUUUGCAAUGAGGUGGGCAUCAAAAGGCACGUGCUCAAAGUCUGGAUGCACAACAACAAGCACACUCUUGGUAAGAAAACCUAG